ACUUCUGUUUUUAUUACUUUUGCGUGGUAACGUAUAACCGGAACGAGAAGUAACAAAAAAGGAGUUUUUAAACCUAAGUACACAUCUGACAAAGUUGCCAUACUAGUAUAUAAUGAAGACCCAACUGAUUCAUUAGAAGGAGGAAAUCGCCGCACUUCCGCCCUUCACUGGGGUUGGCGGGCGGGGUAUGUCAGUGUUGAACUGACUAAAACCUCUUGUCGCUCAACAACCAACAUCCAAAUCUUGUAUGAGACAGAACUCAUGAAAAGGCAAAGGGGGGAAAGUGAAGCGUUUAGUGCGGAGCACAUCUCUCCCAUCCCCCUCCCCCUCGGGACGUCGGACCGGCGGUCGUCGGCGCCACGACUACCAGCCCUCUCAGUCGGCAGGCUGACGCCGGUUAUAUUAAACGAUGUCAGACAUUAACAUAGGAAACAUUAAAUACAACCUGCUGGAAAUGUUCCUUGAACUUGAUGAUGAUGAAUUAAUAAAUAUAGAACAGUGGAUCAAUAGUCGAGCAUAUAAAAAAGAUUUAGAGGAGAAAAGAUCUUUGAUGAAAUCAGAAGAUAUUUUAAGAAACAUUGGGGAUGCCAUAAAGAAAAAAGUACCUUUUGAAGCUGUGAUGCCUUCUGAAAAAAUAAGCCCCCCCACAGUUGGUGAUCUUGCAGAUUGCACAGAUUCCAACACUAUACAUGUUGAUGAGUUUUUAUAUGAUAAGGAUGAAUUUGAAGAUAUGACUCAAAAGAAAAAAAUACAAUUGCAUUAUUGUGUAGAUUGCAACUCACGUAAUAUUAAAGAACUAAUUUAUGUGUCACAUUCAAUGUCUAAAAGUGUCAUGAUGUUUAUCUUCAAAGUAGUAUUACCUAAGGAUUUAGAAGGCAAAACUUUCAUAGAUAUUGGAUCAAGAUUAGGAAGUGUUUUAUAUGGAGCUUACUAUUUAUCUAAUGUAUCUACUAUUAUGGGAAUUGAAAUGAACAAAGAAUGUUGUGAUGUUCAAGAGGAAAUUAUUGAUCAGUUCUCUAUGAACAGAAAUCGCAUAAAAGUCAUUCAUUCUGAUGUUUUAGACAAGAAAGAUAUUAUAACUACUGCUGAUAUAGUCAUAUUUAACGCAGUUGAUUUCUUCGUUGAUAAUGAAAAACACAAAGAAAUUUGGUACUUCUUAAAAGCAAAUUUACAAAAAGGUUGCUUUGUCCUACUAAAUCGAAGUAUAGCAAGUAUAUUACUCGCUCUGAACAUAAUCGAAGAAUUUAAAGACUGGUUAACUAUUAGUAAAUGUAACAACAUAGAAAAUGAACUGUUUUUUAAUGUGGAAGACUACACUGAAAUCUUUUUAUAUACUGUUAAUUAAGAUAUUGUUUUACAUAAUUUUAUACAUGUUUUGUUAUAACUAAAUUUCAAAAUAUAAUUACAUAACACCAAGAGCUAUGUAGUGUAAUAAAGGCCAUCAAAAAAUGAAUAAACACUAGUGAGGGAUGUGACUCAUACAAACGAUUUCCACUUGGAUCUAUAUAUCUAUAAAAUGUAAAACUAGCUAAAUGUGGCUUUUAAUAAACUUCUAUAUUUUUAAAUAUAGUUCACGAUCCACAACUAAGUUCUCAAUGAUAUCUAAUGAAAAUGCAACUUUAUUUAAAGAAAUAAAGUGAUGAAUCAUUCAA